AUGUUCGAGCGCGACGCUUCCAUCGUGCUUCUGGGUCCGCGAGGGUCGGGUAAAACAACCUUGGCUAUUAUAGUGCAGGCUGCACUGGGCCUGCAGCACAUCGAUUCCGAUGAUGUCUUUCAGAAGGAGACUGGCUUUUCGGCUCUACAAUUCCGCAAACAAUUCGGAUCUCAACAGUAUCGCAGGCAUUGCCUUUCCUUCCUCGAAAAACUUUUAAGGUCGUAUUCCAAAAAUUGUGUGAUAGUAUGGCCGAGGGAUCUUGUUGAAGAGGCUGCUUUCGCAUUUCUCAAACAGUAUUGCACCCAGCAUCCAGUCAUUCUCGUGCAACGAGAUUCUGCGGCGAUCGAAAGCUAUCUUCAGCUGUCUCCUCCAAGCAAGAUUGAGAGGAUAUUGGAGAUCCUGAUCCCAAGGUAUAGGGCCUGCUCGAGCUACGAAUAUUUCAAUCUUGAAGAGACAAUGUUCUUGGGCCAGGCUACAAUGCCGGAGAAUGAUCUCCCUCAUGCAACUCCUCGGAUUCUAAAGCCGCUACUGCUGAAACGUGUCGAGAAAAGCUUUCUACGGUUUCUGGCACACGUCAUGCUACCAUCAUCGCUACAUCCUGAACCCUCUGGCCAACUACUCCUCCCACAGUCUCGCGCGAAAUAUACCUACUUGCUCACACUACCAGUGGCUCAGAUCAAUUCUGCCGAUUUCGAUAUGAGAUGGUUGAAUUGUGGAGCAGACGCUGUUCAACUGGAGAUCGAUCUAGAUCCAUUAGCCGGGCGACCGGCAUCCCUCUCAAAAGAGAUGAUCAGCAAAGCAUAUGCCGCUGUGACCAGGACUUUCGAUGGGCCUGUUGUCUAUCACCUGAAAGCAGCUUCCCAUUUGCGCGAUUCACGGUACUUGGAUCUUCUCGACCAUGGCUUCAGACUCGCGGCUGAAUUGGUCACCAUCCACCUGGAUUACACAGAUGAAGAGCUAAGAAGGAUGAUGGAGCUUAGGCGAAGCUCCCGGUUGAUUGGUGACUACCAUGACAGCUCACCUUCAGAAAAUGGUUGGAUGAGUCAAGCUCGUCUUGAUCCACUCUCCAGAGCCCGAAAUCUUGGAUUUGAUGCAGUCCGAUUGACUCAGCCUGCAUUGUGUGCAAGCGACAAUCGUGAUGCACUUGGCUUCUUAUCGUCACACCGAGGACAGAUUGCGGGACUGUCCGUGAUUGCCUACAACACUGGCCACCUUGGGCGUACUUCUCGCUGCUACAAUGAAAUCUUGACGCCAGUGACAACGGAAGAUCUGCAAAACCAUCUUUUGAGGCUCGCUAUGGGUCGUUCAUUGCAGUCAGAAAUAACUAUCCAGCAGUCUCAAGGCUCCCUCUAUGCAUCAUUCAUUUAUGAUCCCAUGAAAUACUACAUCAUCGGUCUUGAUGUAUCAUACAGUGUUUCACCGGUUGUGCACAACGCCGCGCACCAGUUUUUCGGCAUGCCUCACCGGUUGCAUAUCAGGUCCAUGUCUACACUGGACGGCUUGUCUCAGAUCACAAAUGACGAAAAUUUUGGCGGCCUCACUGUAGCUCAGGGGUUCAAGGAGACUCUCCUCACGCACUUGUCUGCAGCUAGCAUGCAUGCCAAAGCCAUCGGCGCAAUCAACACGCUCCUGCCAAUUCGAGCCGCUUUCGAUUACACGCAACCUCCUCCACGAUCAUUCUGGACGAAUCGCAAUCGCAUCGGACCAGUUCUGGCUUUCUAUGGGGACAAUCUUGACUGGGUAGGCAUGAAACGGUGUCUCGAACAGAAUCUAUCCCCUGCCAAUGUCAUCACGCCACAAUCAACCGCUCUGGUUGUCGGAGCUGGAGGCAUGGCUCGAGCAGCAAUAUAUGCAUUGCUGAACUUGGGAGUGCAACACAUCGUGCUGUACAAUCGUACAUGUGCUCAUGCGCGCACUCUGGCUGAGUAUUUCUCGACAGUGGAAUUGGACACAUCGACAUCGAGGCCGCAGUACAACGGCAGGAUGGCUUCUCCAAGCAGAAGAGAUAUUCGAGUACUCGAAUCCCGUGAUGCUCCAUGGUUUGAUGAUCUGGCACCUCCGACGGCUGUGCUGUCCUGCAUACCGGUUCCAAAGCCAUGGGAAUUGUCCCAAGAUCAGUUCAUACUUCCUGUUCAAUGGAUGAAAAGUCCUACUGGUGGUGUUGUGAUUGACAUGAAUUAUCAGACAUUGCUCACUCCACUACUUCGCCAAGUACUAUCUCAAUCUGAUCGUGGCUGGAUCGCCGUUGAUGGCCUGGAAAAUCUUGUUGAACAAGCUUCUGCUCAGUUCGAGAUCUUCACGUGUCGGAAAGUUCCAAAGUUUCUGAUGCAUAUUGUGGCAUUGCAGCAUUAUCUAAGUCGCAGCAAAGAAGAUACAGAACUGUGUCAAUAUCUUGAAACUCGGCUUCGCCAAUUGCAAUCGACGAGCUAA